GCUGGACAUACUGGAUAGGACAGAAGGGUCUAACGGACCCAGGGGUCCCUUGGGCCCUGUGUGGAGAACUGAGACCAGAAAUGAACCCAGAACGAAUGAGAGUCCCAGGGGUUGGUUUGGGUCUGUCUUUCCUGCUCCUGUUCGUCACAGAAUCUCUGGUCCUGGCUGAGCCCCUGGAGCUGCUGGCUAUGCGUGUCCAACUGGAAAAUGUGACUCUUCUCACCACUGACCAAACACCCGGCCCAGCUGUGUGGCUGAGCUGGAAAGCGAGUGGCCCUGCUGCUCCUGCGCAGGUCUAUAAAGCCCUAUUCCGGGCCUGGCUACCUGCAGCAACGGAGGUAGCAGGGCGGCCAGAUGGCCCAUGGAGAGAAUCCUUGCUGAUGGGUAGGCAGAGUGCAGAACUUCGGGGCCUUAGCUGGGGCUAUGAUUAUGAGUUUAAAGUGAGGCCAUCCUCUGGUUCAGCCCAAGGCCCUGACAGCAACAUUCUCAUUCUGAGGUUGCCAGAGCAAGUACCCAGUGCCCCACCACAGGCUGUUACCCUGAACCCUGGAAAUGGCAGUGUCCUGGUGAGCUGGGAUCCACCUCCACCCGAGACACACAAUGGCAUCAUCCGUGGCUACCAGGUCUGGAGUCUGGGCAAUACCUCAUUGCCCCGUGCCAACUGGAGUGUGGUCGAUGGUCGUACUCAGCUGGAGAUUGUAACUGGAAUGUCUGGCUCCUACUGCAUUCAAGUGGCAGCAGUCACUGGAGCAGGGGCUGGGGAGCCUAGCAGUCCUGUCUGCCUCUUCUUAGAGAAGGCCCUGGAACAAGCUGCACAAGACUCUGCAGGCCUGGGUCCCCAAACCCUGGAGCAGCUUCAAGCUGCACUGCGCCGGCCAGAGGUGAUCGCUAGUGGUGGGGCUGUGCUCUGGUUGCUGCUGCUGGGGGCUGCGGUUUGUGUUCACCGCCGGCGUAAGGCCAGAGCCCACCUGGGCAUGGGUCUGUACAGAUACACCAGUGAGGAUGCCAUCCUCAAACACAGGCUGGACAGAAGUGACUCUCCCUGGCUGGCCACUACAUGGAGAUCCACCUCUGGCUCUCGGGACCUCAGCAGCAGCAGCAGCCUUAGCAGCCAUCUGGGAGGAGACACGAGGGAUACAUUAGACUGUCGGCGUUCCUUGAUUUCCUGGGAUCCCCGAAGCCCUGGUGUCCCUCUCCUCCCAGAUACCAGCACCUUUUAUGGCUCCCUUAUGACUGAGAUGUCGUCAGGCCCUCUUAUCCCCCCAGGCCCGAGGGCCCCACCUAUCAGAAGGCUUCCACCUCAGUUAGCUAGGCUCUCCAAUCCCUGGCCUAGCUUGGAUAGUCUCUGUAGUGCUCCAAGGAUGCCUUCUCCCCACCAGCCUCUGACUCCUACAGAAGCCUGGAGAGUAGCAAAGAAGCAGGAGCUGCAUCAGGCCAAUAGUUCUCCUUUGCUCCGUACCAGUCGCCCUGUAGGGCUCUGGGCCUGGGAGCUGGGUGGUGGAAAGGACUUCAGGAACCUUUCCCAAGUCCCAGGAGCUGUACCCCGGACUCUGGCUGCCUGGCGUGCCAUCGGGCCCCAGCUCCUCAACCCCAGGAAUGAGUUGGCUUCAAGGCCCCUCCCCCCAGCACCCCCUUCUCCUAUCCAAGGGGCUCCUACCAAGGGUCAACACAUUCAAUCAGGUAAGAACUUCAUGGAGCCUCAGAUUUCAUCCUCCCUGCCCCUGGUGGCAGCCAUCUCUCCCAAAUCCCCCAGCCCCUUGGCCUCCUCCCUCUCUGGCCCUCGCCCAACCUCCAGCCACCUAUCUAGUUCUUCAUUGUCCUCCCUGGGAGAUGAAAGGGAUAAUGUGCUGACCCCUGAAGAUGUGGCCCUGUGCUUGGAGCUUAGUGAGGAUGACGAUGAGACCCCCAGGAACAGUGGCACCCCUGUCCGAAGGGCCCCAUCACCACCCACCAGCUAUGGAUAUAUCAGCAUCCCAUCAGCCUCUGGACUAGGGGAGAUGGAGGGCACUGCAGGUGGAAAAGGGCCAGAGGGAGGCAGUCUGCUAUGCCCGCCCCACCCCUGCCACACUCCUACACCCAGUGAAGGCUCUCUAGCCAAUGGCUGGGGUUCUGCCUCAGAGGAUAAUGCCUUCAGUGCCCGCGCCAGCCUUGUCAGCUCCUCCGAUGGUUCCUUUCUUGCUGAUGCCAACUUUGCCCAUGCUCUGGCUGUGGCUGUGGAUAGCUUUGGCUUUGGCUUGGAGUCCAAGGACCAUGACUGUGUCUUCAGUGACUUGUCUCCACCUCCUUCCCCUCAAGAUGACCUCGCCCCCACUUCUAACCUGACUCUGCCAGUGUGGGAGUGGAAUUCAAACUGGAUUGAAGAUAUGGAGAAGAAAUAUAGUCGGCUACGUAAGGGGCUACCUCCUUCCCCCUCUGAGAUAGAGAAAGGUCCACCCCGAGGGAGGCAAAAGGCUGGCCAUUCUGUGCUUAAAGCCCAUGACUCUUGAUUUGUAAACUGAAAGUCCCUGGACAUGGAAAUGGAGUGGAAACUGCUGCCUAUCUGCCUUCAAAUAUGGGGACAUGAACUCUUGGGUUCUAGCCAGUGUUCCUCCACUCUCUGUGACACAAGACCCAUCCCCUUCCAGGAGUUCAACACAGUUUUUCUCCUCCUGGGACUCUGAGAAAUAGAAACACAAAACUGGAGCCUCUCAGGAGCCAGAGAGGAACUCUGCCUUCCUAGCCAUGUUUUUUAGUCGUGGUCCCUGAAUCCACUCCUUGGCUCAACCUUCUCUGGUGGGGGAGUAGAUCCUCCAUAUGUACCAUCGGUAUCAGAGUGGUGGGUAACAGGGAUAUUUUGUGUGUAUAUGCAUGUGUGUGGAACACAAUGAAGGGCUGUUGGGAUAGAGGGAAGAAUGGAUCAUCUCAGACCUUCAUCUCAUUCCCAUAGAUCUCUGCUGGGACCACAGGUAACACUGUUCUUCAUCCCCAGGGCCCAGGGCCAUCCUCCCAGGUCAAGCCAUGUUCUCUCUCCCUUCCCUUCCAAACUCCAUCCCCAGUGUUAAUAAAGAGAAACUGUUGCCUGA